AUGCGUUUCUUCGCCAUCCUCGCUGCUGCCACUCUGGCCACCGCCACCGCUGCUGUCGGUGGUCCCUCCGCCCGCAACCUUGAGGUCCGCGCUGCUGAGGGCGACAAGGGCGACAAGCCCCGUUACACCGUCCCCGAUGACUGGACCAUCGAGCAGGGUUCUGCCAAGUGUGGUAACCAGGCUCAGCUCUCUUGCUGCAACAAGGCCACCUACGCCGGCGACACCACCACCAUCGACGAUGGUGCUCUGGCCGGUCUCCUCGGCAACAUUGCCGGUACUGGCUCUGGCUCUGAGGGUGCUGGUCUCUUCGACCAGUGCUCCAAGCUCGAUGUCCAGGUCCCUAUCAUCGGCAUCUCCGCCCAGGACAUCCUCAACCAGCAGUGCAAGCAGAACAUUGCCUGCUGCCAGUACAGCGGAGCCGACGCUUCCGACGACCUUCUCGGUGUCUCUCUUCCCUGCAUUGCUCUGGGUUCCAUCAUCUAA